GUCUGCGCUCCCGAACACAGUAAAGUUACACCGCGAUAAAGGUGCCAUGCCAUGUUUCUGAGACAGACGGUCACCAUGGAACCCUGGACUUUCCUGCCCUCUCCCCCGAACCUGUCCGAGCCACUUAUGUAUGAUGCCUAUUUCCUGGGAAAUGAGUCAGACAUGGUGUCCAGAAAUGACACUCUCGAUGGUGCCCGCCACAGCUUUGACAAGACCGGCACGGCGGUCAUCACCUUCCUGUACUUUGCCGUGUGCACCGUCGGACUGUGCGGCAACGCCCUGGUCAUCUACGUCAUCCUUCGCUACGCUAAGAUGAAGACCGUCACCAACAUAUAUAUCCUGAACCUAGCAGUGGCCGAUGUGCUUUGCAUGCUCAGCCUGCCCUUCAUCGCCAUUCAGCUGGCACUGGUCCAUUGGCCCUUUGGUGGGGCUCUCUGCCGUGUGGUCAUGACCGUGGACUCUCUGAACCAGUUCACUAGCAUCUUCUGCCUCACAGUGAUGAGCAUCGACCGCUACCUUGCUGUGGUCCAUCCCAUCAAGUCCACCAAGUGGAGGAAGCCCCGCGUGGCCAAGCUGAUCAAUUUAGCUGUGUGGGGUGUGUCGCUCCUGGUCAACCUUCCCAUCGUCAUCUACAGCGGCUUGGUGACCACAAAAGAGAAUGCGCACUUCUGCACCAUCGUGUGGCCAGAGCCACAGGAUGCUUACUAUACAGCCUUCAUGUUCUACACCUUCCUCCUGGGCUUCUUCCUGCCGCUUACUGUCAUCUGUCUCUGCUAUCUGCUCAUUGUGGUCAAGGUCAAGUCCUCUGGAAUCCGCGUGGGCUCCUCCAAGAGGAAGAGGUCGGAGCGCAAGGUGACGCGCAUGGUGUCCAUCGUGGUGGCUGUGUUUGUGCUCUGCUGGCUGCCCUUCUAUGUCUUCAACGUAACCUCGGUGACAGGCACCAUCACAACCACACCAGCGCUGAAGAGCACCUUCGACUUCGUGGUGGUGCUGGGCUACGCCAACAGUUGCGCCAACCCCAUCCUCUACGCAUUCCUCUCAGACAACUUCAAGAAGAGCUUCCAGAACGUGCUGUGCCUGAGGAGGACCGGCGGCCUGGACGAGAUGGAACGAAGCGACAGCCGACUGGACAGGACGCGUGUGGUCAAUGAGGGUGUUCCUGAGAUGCAAAGCACCUUGCUCAACGGGGACCUGCAAACCAGCAUCUGA